AUGGAGGACAUUGGAGAAAAGGGAAGGCCACCGGGAGAUCCUCCUGAUGCGCCAGGCUCUUGGGUAAGGAAGGUUAUAGGGUGUAACGAGGGGGGGAUGCCUGUUCCAGAAGAAGUUGUGGAUGAAGAGUUUGUGGAGUCGAGACUGAGAUUAGAGUUCCCGAAUGGAGAGGAUGGAGAGCCAGUGAUAACGAUAGGGGAAGAGGUACUGACGGCUAUGAAUAGCUUAUGGAAGAGAUGCAUGAUCGUUAGGGUUUUGGGAAGGAAUGUCUCACUGCUGAAUCUGACUCGCAAACUGAAGGAGUUGUGGAAACCUAAUGGAUCGAUGUUUGUCAUGGACCUACCAAGGAAUUUUUUCAUGGUGCGUUUCGAGUCGGAGGAGGAGUACAUGAAUGCACUGUCGGGGGGGCCAUGGAGAGCUUUUGGUAGCUGCCUUAUGGUACAAGCAUGGAAUCCAGAUUUCGAUCCGUUGAGAGAUGAGAUAGUCACAACGCCGGAGUGGGUUCGAUUAUCGCAUAUCCCAGUUAACCUUUAUCAUAAGACCAUACUGAUGGGUAUAGCCAAGGGAUUAGGGCGACCGAUAAAGGUUGACCUGACAACUCUGAAGUUUGAGAGAGCUCGAUUUGCGAGAAUCUGCGUGGAGGUAAAUCUCAACAAGCCGUUAAAAGGGACAGUGGUGAUUAAUGGCGAGAGGUAUUGGGUUUCGUAUGAAGGGAUAUCAACAAUCUGCUCGACAUGUGGUAUGUAUGGACAUUUAGCACAUGCAUGUCCACGAAAGAGUGUUGAGAGAGCUCCAGCGACUGCGUCUAUCCCAAUAACAAAACCGCAUGAGAUUACGGGAGAUACGGGGAUGGUAACGGAAUUUACCCAAGUGAGACCAGCGAGGAGAAGACAAGAGCAACAGAAUGGAGGAGGAGGCUCUAUGCGUAAUAAUGAGGGAAGAGAUAUGAGGGGAGCUAAAAUAAUGACGGGGAGUAGAGUAAAGGAAGCACGCAAUGGGAGUGCGGUGGAGAUAAUAAAGGUGUCAAACAGAUUUGGAGGAUUAGGUGAAGAGGGGGAGACAGAGAAACUAGAAGAGGAGGUUGGAAGAGAUGGCGCGAAUAAAGAGAAUGAGAAUACCAUAAACCUAAGCUCAAUAGGUUCAAGUAGAAUGUUUGGGAAGGAUGUGUCGUUUGCAGCGAAGGAAGGGAAUGAGAAGCACAUGUCAAUCAAAGUUGGGCAAAAAGAGAAGAAGGCCGGGAAUUUACGAGGCCCAAAUCCAUUAAAGUUUAAAUCAAGAAAUGUUGGGCCUACACGAGGUCUGGUAUUCGGCCCAACGAGGGGCGAAACUGGACUGUCGAUGAGUGGAAAGAGGUUGCGGGUUGAAAACGAGUGUGUUGGCCGGCCAGGUGGUGUCUUCGCUGGUGUUGGGGAAAUCGGAAUUAACGAGAAAUGCACUGAGCAUGGCGGUGAAGAUAGGGAGGUACAGGAACAACCUGCAAUAACGGCGAAUCUGUCUCUUGAUGAUUCAGAAGCACGAAUGGGGCAGGAUGGAGAAUCCUCGAAGAGAGUGGAGGCAUAA